AUGUCUUCCCCUGUCGCCAACAACAACAACAAUAACAACAACGACGCUGUCAACAACAACAGCAACAACGCUAAUGCCGGUAACAACAACGGCAACAACGCCAAUGCCGGUAACAGCAACGGCCAUGACAACCGUCACCAUGACAACAACAACCCUCCCAGCACCCCACGUAGGGAUUCAGUUGUUUCUCUUGACCCUGAGGAUGAGCGUAGCUCUGCUAGCUCCAAGCCUCAGCCUAUGGAAGGCGUUGAGCUGACCGGUUCUGCAGCUUCUCGCUACGCUGAUCCUAUGGUUGCGGGACCUCAAACUCUUGAGAAGUUGCGUUCCCAACUAGGUGAACUAGUGAUGAAGCAGACUGCUUUGUCGGGGCAACCUGGCAAUACGGAUGAGUUGAAAAAACUGUCCUUGCAGCAAAAGGACUUGGUCGAUCAAAUUGCUAUUUUGGAGGCCUCUCUCAAAGCGCUGCAGUCUUCAGCUGAGCUCGUAAAAGAGAAGAGUACCAUGACUACUCGCCAGGUGCCCGAGUUCGCUGUCAAAGGCGUCACUGAUUGCACUGGUGUCAAGAAGCCAUUCAAGAGUGUGGAUGCGUUCUUGAGCUAUUUCAAGAAAAUUCUCGAGACGAACAAGUCCAACCCUGAUACUGAAUGGUCCCAUUGGCUCAAGCUCUCUUUCGAUCAUGAAUAUGAGGUAUGGUAUGAGAGUGAGCUCACUGGCAAGGACCUCAAUUGGGAUGGUGUUUGCCGGGUCGUUCGUAAGCGCUUUGUGUCUCAAGACAGCCGCGUGAGGAAGGCCAUUGAGGUGUUUAACAGCACCAUGAAGGAUAAGGAGUCAAUGCAGCAGUAUGGCAUGCGUUUCAAAAUUUGGUUCGUGAAGCAGCCUGGUAAUGAAGAUCGAUUGCCAACAAAGCUCGAAGAAAUCAUCAAGCUGGCGAAUUCUUUGUCUUUGCCCAAACGCUCUCAUGAUGAUACGGAGCACGAGUCUCGUUCUUUCGUCAAGAAGUAUAGAAGAGACCAACCCACAGGUAAAUAUUACUGUGAUCAUCAUGAUGGCAAGUGUAACCAUAGGUCCCAUGAGUGUCCUUUGUUGAACGAGCCCAUUGAAGAGGGCAAAAAGAAGUGCUAUUACGCACAUCAUGAGUUUCAGUCUGGGCACAAUUGCCGGGCUAGACGCCUUGCUUUGCAAAACAAGAGCCGUGGGGAGCGCAAGCAUCACCACAACAGCCGCCAAAAUGGUGAUGCCAAAUACAAGGUAAACACUAUGCGGGCUGACAAGGCUGAACAUGGCGAGGCUAAUCCCACAUUCAAUCAUCCUGGUGAUGUAGCCAUGAACGACGAUGAGGAUUUGAUCCCACUUGAAGUCCUUCAAAGUGUGGAUGAAGACAUUGACAUGGAAGCUCGCAGUAAGUUUUUAUGCACAGCUCAGUUGAAUGUUAAUCCAUACGUACUAAAGACACCCAUUUUGAUCCAGAGUAGUCGCUGCCUUGGUCUUGUAGACACUGGAGCUGAAAUAUCUGUGAUCAAUAAAUCAUUGUGUGAUGAAAACAAAUGGUCUUAUACUUCGGUGUCGGGUGACAUUAUGUAUGCUGGCAAGGAUCAUUCCGUUAAACGUAUUGGAAUUACGGAGCCUUUACGCAUUAGAUAUAAUGGUCGCACACUAUUUCAUCGUUUUGAAGUCAUGGAGUUGGGACACUACAACGUGAUUUUAGGUUUUGAUUUGUUACCCAAGUUGGGCAUUGCCUUACAAGGAGUUGCGGUGAAAUGGGAUGAUCAAGUUGACCACAAUGUGCCUGAUCCAUCGGUGCAUGAUAGCUACAAGAAUCUCAAGCCCAAUGACUCACCGGCUGGUACUCCUGAAGAGCAUGGUAAAUUCUUGCGUGCUAUACAACCUACAUUAGAAGCAAAUGCCAAGAUCUCGAAAUGGUCAUUUUGCAACAUCGCUGAGUCCGUAAUCAGGUUAGAGCUCACCGAUGAUGUAGCGUCGUGGCAUCGGCAAUAUCCCUUACCAUAUGCGCUCAAGCCAACCAUUGAUGCCACAAUUCAAAAGUGGAUCGAGGAAGGAGUGAUCAUGCGUGCACCUGAAAACACGGCAUGGAAUAGCCCACUCACUUUGGCUGACAAGAAGGACGCGCAAGGUAAUAAGGUAGGUAAGAGAUUGUGCUUGGAUCCCAGACACAUCAAUCGUCAUUUGAAAGAUGAUCGUUAUCAAUUGCCAACCAUCAAGGAGAUCUUUCACGAUUUGAGAGGUGCUACCGUUUUCACAACAUUGGACUUGACAAACGCGUUCCAUCGGUUUAAGAUCCAUGAAAACGAUAGGCACAUUACGGCCUUUACAUACGAUAGGCGUCAAUACGUGUUUAGGGGUUGUCCUUUUGGACUUAAGCCCAUCUCUUCAAAGUUUCAACGGGUGAUGCACAUUAUCUUUUAUGACAUGUCCUUUGUACGUACUUUUGUGGAUGACAUCAUUAUCUUCUCAAAGGAUUUGUCGUCGCAUACGCAGCAUGUGCAAUACGCUAUUGAUGCAUUGACCAGAGCCAACUUGAUCUUAAACGAGAAAAAGUGUCACUUUGCACAACGCUCGGUUUAUUUGCUUGGUUUUUGUAUCUCGAAACAUGGUAUUUCGUUGGAUCCAAGAAAAGUAAUGAAUGCUUUGGAUUGGCCUUUGCCGACUACAGGCAAAGACAUUCAACGAUUUAUGGGUCUUGUGACGUAUUUCAAAGACCAUAUCUGUAAUCUUUCAAAAAUCAGUGCUCCUCUCCGUGCUUUGAUGCAUACUGGCUCUCUCACGAAAGUAUGGACUGCUGAGCAUACGAUGGCUAUACGAGCUAUUAAGCAGGAGUUGGCGAAGAACGUCUUAUUGCAUUUUCCCAAUUUGGAUGAACCAUUUUAUGUGGCUACAGAUGCAUCGAAUCAUGGCAUUGGUGCAGUUUUAUUCCAAAAACUUAAGGGCAAGGAUUGUAUUAUCUCGUUCAUGGCAAGGGCUCUAUCGAAAUCUGAGCGUAAUUACUCCACCACAAAACGCGAGUUGCUAGGUAUCGUAUUUGCCUUGCAGAAGUUCCACCCAUAUCUUUGGUCCAAUCCUUUCACGAUCUACACGGAUCACAAAGCCUUGACUUACCUCAAUACGCAAAAGUUGGCAAACUCUAUGAUGCUGAACUGGUUUGACGUGCUGAUGGAUUAUCAAUUUGAUAUCAUUCACUUGCCUGGUAUUGAGAAUGUCUUACCUGAUCAACUUUCUCGCCUGUUCACUCCCGAUGAACACCAUGAGGGGGGAAAGAUCGAGGAUGCAAAAGACUCCAAGAGCUCCAAGUUGAGAACCGGCAAGCUAUACACACAUGAUAAGCGGUGUAUUUUCCAUGUGAGAGUGCUCAAUAGAGUACCUACAGAUGUGAUAACUCCACCAGAAGAAGAACGUCCCUAUGAGCUUGAGCGUGCACAUAUGACUAUAGGUCAUGCAGGAGCUGAGCACAUUGUAAGGUAUUUGCGUCGCGAAGGAAUCUAUUGGUCCAAGCUCCCAGAAGAUGCACUAGAGGUGGUAAAGAAGUGCCCUGAUUGUCAGAAGAACAAUAUCACACGUAAAGGAUACCAUCCAUUGCGUCCCAUCUAUGCAUACAUACCAGGUGACCAUUGGGCUAUCGAUCUCGCAACGUUCAACAAGACAUCCACCAAAGGUAACAACUUCUUGCUGGUGAUGGUCGACGUGUGCACAAGGUUUUGCAUUCUACGUGCAUUGCCCAACAAGCAAUCAGAUACGAUAGUCGAAGCACUGGUGCAGAUCUUUUGUGAUUUUGGCAUACCUCGUGUCCUCCAAUCGGACAAUGGCAAGGAGUUCAAGAACACUAUCAUGAAGAAGCUCGUUGAGAGUCUAGGCGUACACCAUCGGUUCACAACACCUUACCACCCAAGAGCGAAUGGCAUUGCAGAGCGUUGGGUACAGAGCGCGACUGAUGUCAUACGUAAGAAGAUUGAGGGUGCUGGCAAUGACUGGGACUAUUACGUUCCGAGUACACAACUUGAGCUGAACAUGCGUGUAGCCAAAAGGUUGAACACACCUCCUUUUUCGCUUAUGUUUGCAAGAGAUAUGAACGCAUUCAGAGAUUAUCGGAAGAAGGGCGAAACGUCGUCGAAACCAAUGUCGCACGAUGAGUUGGUGGAGAGAUUGCAGUAUAUGCAGGAUAUCGUGUUCCCAGCGUUGAAAGACAAAGUGGAAGCGUAUAACCAAGCCAUGACCGAUAAAUUCAACUCAACGCACAAGUUGAUUGAUUUUCCUGAACAAAGCCACGUCAUGGUCCGGGUGCAAUCACGAGGCAGUAAACUCGCACCAGCAUUUGAAGGACCUUAUACGGUGUUACGUAAGACUGAAGGUGGCACCUAUGUGUUGCAGGAUGAAACAGGUGCGUUGAUGGCAAGAGAUUAUGUUCCUUCUGAGCUCAAGCUUAUAUCACAAGAUGAGGUCGUACCUGUCGAUGAGCUAUAUGAGUUGGAAGCUAUUAUCAACCAUCGAGGUAAACCUGGCAGACGCCAAUAUUUGGUACGAUGGAAAGGAUAUGGUCCAGAGGAUGAUCAAUGGCUAGACCCUGAUGCUUUCACAGAUCCUGCCUUUAUUAUGCAAUACUGGAAUAGACGCAAUGAAAAGGAGGAGGAUUCACCUGAAAUUGACGAGAAUGGUAAAGCUGUCAUUAGGAAAAGGAAAGCAAAGGUUGAUGAACAAAACGUGCGACGAAGCAAGCGUGUCAAACGCUCGUCGGCAUGA